GAACUCCAUAUACCAUGCCAUGAAUUUAUCCGUCGUGACAGAAAUAGACAUGGUGGAGGGGUAGGUUUUUACAUUAAGUCUUCUAAUUCUUAUAUAGUGCACUCCGGUCUAAACGUGAUUAAUCUUGAAAAUUUAACUAUAAGAAAUUCGUACACCAAACUCUAAGCCAUUUCUAGUAGCGACAUGAUACGGACCUCCCUGUUCUCCAACCGAUUCAGUUAUUUUCGAGUAACGAGUCAUUUAUAGGCAAAUUAGAUUCUCUCGACCUAGAGUACCAUUUGUUAGGUGGCUUAAAUUGUAAUUUGGUCUCUCCAACACCUGAUGCAAGCACUCAUCGUUUACUCGAGAUUUCGGAUUUAUAUGGCCUCAAACAACUGAUAAAUGAACCGACGCGUGUUACAGAAUCCUCAUCUACACUAAUUGAUUUGAUCUAUACAAAUUAUGCAGACAGGGCAUGCUUUUCUGGUGUCUCCCAUAUUGCCAUCAGCGAUCAUAGCCUUGUCUAUGUUUACCGGAAAAUAUCUUCUGAUUUGCCAUCUAAGGGACACUCUUCCAUAUCUUACAGAAACUUUCGAAAUUUG